AUGGCCGACAAAGACAGCGUGGAGACGUACCUGGAGAACAAUCCCCAGUUUGCCAAAGAGUACUUCGACCGGAAGUUGCGGCUGGAGGUGCUGACGGCGGCCUUCACCGACAAGCUGGAGGUCAAAGAUGCUGCCUCGUUCAGAGAUCUCACCCUGGUGCAGGAGGCGGAUCUCAUUUUCGACCUGGUCAAGGAACUGCAGAGGUCUAGCUGCAUGGAGAAAUCAAUGCACAAGAUCCUACAAAGGAUCUGCCUCUUACUGAAUGCCGACAGGUGCAGCAUGUUCAUGUGCCGGGCCCGCAACGGGACACCAGAGCUGACCACCGUGCUCUUCAACGUCACCCCUACCUCCCAGUUCGAGCAUAACCUUGUGAACCCGAACUCUGAGAUAGUCUUCCCUUAUGACAUUGGCAUUGUGGGCUAUACGGCACACUCCAAGAAGAUGUGCAACAUCCCAGACGUGAAACAGAACCCUUACUUUAGCGACUUUGUGGACAAGCAGACCGGAUACGUCACGAAAAACAUGCUUACGUGCCCAAUCAUGAGCGAGAAGGAGCCUCUCGCCAUCAUCAUGGCCAUAAACAAAAUGGGCGCAAACGAAUUCUCCAAACAAGAUGAGGAGCUCUUCAAAAAAUACCUGGAUUUUGCUACAGUUGUCACACUGCAGCACUACACCGCCUACAUGUGGAACGUGGAGUCCAGGAGAAGUCAGGUGUUACUCUGGUCUGCCAGCAAAGUGUUUGAAGAACUGACGGAUAUCGAGCGACAGUUUCACAAAGCGCUAUACACCGUGAGAACUUACCUCCAAUGUGAACGAUACUCCGUUGCUCUCCUGGAUAUGACCAAAGAGAAGGAAUUCUACGAUGAAUGGCCAGUCCGGCUCGGAGAUGUAGAGCCGUACAAGGGCCCCAAAACUCCAGAUGGCAGAGAAGUGAACUUCUACAAAAUCAUUGAUUACCUUUUAGAAGGAAAAGAAGAAAUUAAAGUUAUACCGGCUCCUCCAGCGGACCACUGGGCCCUUGUCAGUGGCCUCCCUACGUACGUUGCAGAAAAUGGCUUUAUCUGUAACAUGAUGAAUGCCCCAGCAGAUGAAUACUUCACUUUCCAGAAAGAGGCCGUGGAUGACUCAGGCUGGAAGAUUAAGAAUGUACUGUCACUUCCUAUAGUCAACAAGAAGGAGGAAAUAGUGGGCAUAGCCACCUUUUACAACCGAAAGGACGGCAAGCCAUUCGAUGAGUAUGAUGAACAGAUCACCGAGGCCCUCACACAGUUCUUGGGUUGGUCUGUCCUAAACUGCGACACCUAUGACAAAAUGAACAAACUGGAGAACAGGAAGGACAUUGCACAGGAAAUGCUCAUGUACCAGACAAAGUGCACGAAGAGUGAGCUGCAGUCCAUUCUGAACACAAAGGAGAAGUUUGACAAAGAGCCGGAGGAGUGUGAUCAGAAGGAAAUGUAUAAACUUCUGCGGUCAAAUAUUCCAGAGUGUAAAGAUGUGGAAUUACUGGAGUUCCAUUUCAGCGACUUCCCGGUGUCUGAACAUGACCUAAUCAAGUGUGGGAUUCGAUGUUUCUUUGAGCUGAAUGUUGUGGAGAAGUUUAAAGUCCCUGCAGAUGUUUUGACACGAUGGAUGUACACUGUGCGUAAAGGAUAUCGUGACAUUACCUAUCACAACUGGAGACACGGGUUCAACGUGGGCCAGACAAUGUUCUGCCUGCUACAGACUGGACGUCUGAGGAAAUAUUACUCUGACCUUGAUGCAUUUGCAAUGGUGGCGGCUGCGUUUUGCCAUGAUAUUGAUCACAGAGGAACCAAUAAUCUCUACCAAACUAAGAGUGCAUCUCCACUGGCCAAACUACAUGGAUCGUCCAUUAUGGAGAGACACCAUCUUGAGUAUAGUAAGACACUAAUGGCAGAUGAGAGUCUGAACAUCUUCCAGAACCUUCAGAAGCGUCAAUUUGAGAAUGUGCUACAUUUAUUCGAUGUUUGUAUUAUUGCAACGGACUUGGCUCUGUACUUCAAGAAAAGAACAUUGUUCCAAAAAAUCGUCGAUGCAACAGAGCCAAUGACGGAUGAGAAAGAGGCCAUCAAUUAUGUUGCCAACAACCCCGUCAGGAAGGAAGUCAUCAUGGCAAUGAUGAUGACUGGCUGUGAUCUCUCUGCCAUCACAAAACCAUGGGAAGUCCAGAGCAAAGUGGCUCUCAUGGUGGCAGCUGAAUUCUGGGAGCAGGGUGACCUGGAAAGGACAGUCCUUGACCAGCAGCCAAUUCCAAUGAUGGAUCGCAACAAGGCUGAUGAGCUUCCAAAAAUGCAAUGUGGUUUCAUUGACUUUGUUUGCACCUUUGUAUACAAGGAAUUCUCCAGAUUCCACAAAGAAAUCACGCCAAUGUUUGCCGGCCUGAACAAUAACAGGAUGCACUGGAAGGAGCUUGCUGACAUUUACCAAGCAAAGGUCGACACCCUUGAGGCAGAGAAGAAGAAGUCUGAAGAAGAGGAGGCGAAAAAGGCUGGUGGAAGCUCUGGAGGAGGAGGACGGGGAGGAGGAGAUGGGAAGUCCAAGACCUGCACCAUAUUUUAGACCUUCAUCCAACGUUUCCCUGACUAAUGUACAGAUCCCUGGGUGACGUCCAGAAGGGUAAAUGAGUGCAGCUGCCCCCCCCCCCCAUGAUGCAUCUCCUCUUUAUCCUCCUCCUCACACUUCUGUGAUGCUUGGUAAGCCAUUCUUUGUGGACCAAAGAACUAACGUUCUACUUAAACCUGUGAAGCAUCAGCAUUAAGACAAUUGACCCUGUUAGAAUAGCACAAUAGUCCCUGAUAAUUUAAAAAAAAACAAAAAACAACAGAACAUGCAAAAAUAAUGCUUAUUUUUUAAUCCACCAAGCCAUUGCAGCACUUAGUUCUUCAAUCUGCAUCAUUAACUAGUAAUAUUAUUGCUCCUUACAAAGUCUUGUAACGGACACUGAGUUCUUUAUUUUUGAAGCUAAGCUAUGCUAACACGUUCUUGAAUAGUUGAGG